ACUGGCUUUGCUGGCAUCUUGUGUAUAGGAACAAUUGCCGUCCACUGUAUGCACAUACUAGUCAACUGUAGCCACAGACUCUGUCAGAGGUCGGGAAACUUGGCCCUAGACUAUGCUGAUGUCAUGGAGGUAUGUCUGAAGACUGGGCCACAGGCAUUCAGGAGGCUUUCUAAAGGUGCCAGACAUAUAGUCAAUGCCCUGCUGAUCUUUACACAGUUUGGAUUCUGUUGUGUGUACAUUGUCUUCGUGGCCACCAAUAUUCAAACAGUGAUCAAUCAUUUCCAUGAAGAUGGACCCAGCUUGCGGAUCUACGAAGUGAUUGUCACGGCUGCUCUCAUUCCAUACGUCUGUGUCCGGGAUCUGAAGAUGCUGGCACCUUUCUCUGCAUUUGCAAACAUUCUGACAAUUACAGGUUUGAUCAUCAUCAUCCAGUACAUAGUGCAGGAUCUGCCGGAUGUCUCCGAGAGGCCAGCUUUCAGCUCAUUCAGUGAGAUACCCCUGUUUUUCGGCACAGCCAUUUUUGCAGUUGAAGGUAUCAGCCUGGUGCUGCCCCUGGAGAACUCCAUGCAGAACCCUGAAGACUUUGGGGGCUGGUCCGGGGUGUUGAACCUUGGUAUGGUCACCACUGUCUGUCUGUACACAGCCAUAGGUUUCUAUGGCUUUCUGAGGUUUGGCGAGGACAUUGCGGACAGUGUCACCUUGAGUCUGCCUAUUGAUGACUGGCUGUACCUGUCCGUGAGGUUGAUGUUUGCUCUAGCCAUCUUUAUCUCCUACAACGUCCAGUUCUAUGUGCCUAUAGCCAUCAUGUGGCCUGCAAUCAAAAAACGUCUGGAAAAUAAAUUUUUACGCAAAUACGGGGAAUAUUUUUUCCGUAUAGCAUUGGUCUUAGUCACAUUUGGGUUUGCUGUAGCCAUACCUCACCUGGAUCUGCUCAUCUCACUGAUAGGAGCCUUUGCCAGUUCUGCCUUGGCCCUGAUUCUACCAGCCAUCAUCGAAGUAAUUACCUUGUCCAGCGAAGACCAGCGCCUGCCACCGUACAUUCUCGUCAAAAAUGUUUUGAUAUUUCUGUUUGGCAUUGUAGGCUGUGUUAUAGGGACAUAUACAUCUCUGCGGCAAAUAGUGGAAGCAUUUUGA